UCUGCCCGUUUAUUGAUCAGACCCUACUACGGUCUUUCAUUUAAGCUGUCUAGUCUCCAAGCCUCACAGCUGAACAACACCCCAAAAGCUGAGCGAGAUUUCAUACUCUUCAAUCGCCUAGAAAAAGUGGGCAGUCAAUCACUGACAAGGCUCUUAGGCCAGCUGGGAGCGCUGAACAACUUUGAUACGUAUCGCAACGAGAUUCCUCCAUCAAAGAACGCCUUAGAAAGCUUCGAGGACGAACGCACUUUUGCCGAAGACCUCAUGGAGUUGCCAGAGCCCGGCGCCUAUGUAGAGCAUACCAAUUGGAUGAACUUCACUGCGCAUGAGCUGCCCAAGCCUAUUUAUAUCAAUCUGGUGCGACAUCCAAUACAGAAGGUGAUAAGCGCCUAUUAUUAUCUGCGUCAUCCCGUAAUCUAUGCGAAUUCGUUGCUCCGCAAUCCAAACAAACGCACACAGAACAAAGAGUUCUUCGAUAGAAGCUUCAACGACUGCGUCAGGCAGCGCAUUAAGCCCGAUUGUGUCUUCGAUCCGCAUGUUCUUUUUAAUGGCGACUGGCGACGUUUCACUUUGCAUCUAUGCGGCAAUCAGGAGGUUUGCUACAACUUCAACUCGGAGAUGGCCACGCAGAUAGCCAAGGCACAUGUGGAACGGGAGUACGCCGUAGUCGGCAGCUGGGAGGAUACGAAUAUAACCUUGGCCGUGCUCGAGGCCUAUAUACCACGAUUCUUUGCCAAAGCUACUGAGACUUAUUACUGUAGGUAGAGUGCUCUAAGUGGCUCUGAGCUUCAGUCUUAUAUUUUCUUUCAUUGUGCAGCGAGCAAGGAGAAAUUUACGGUGAAUACAACGCCGCACGACUCGCAUCUGGAUGAGGAUGUGGAGGCUUAUUUGAAGCAACAGUUUGCCUACGAAAUUGAAUUGUAUCAUUUUUGCAAGCAGCGUCUUUACAAACAGUAUAUAGCCAUCAGUAAAACUGAGCUAAGUGAACA